UACAUAGAGGGUUUCAGAGAGAUUUCUUGAGAGAGAGAAGGAAACCCUUUUCGACAGCUCCGUUGCUGCUCCCGACUUCCAGUGAUCUGAAGGUAGUGUCAGUGGGAGGGCUUUGAUUGAAGAUCUCCAGAGCAAGAGAAGCGGGUCGAAGGCCGGAUACGAUCGAUUGCCUUCCAUUGAUUCCAGCUGCAUUCAUCUUCUUGAUCUAAGAAGUCACAAACAAAACAGGGCUUUGCUGUGUUCUUUUAAUGGGUCGCGGCUUCUGAAGGAAAAUAGGAAAAAUCAAACAAAUUAACGAAUAAGUUGGACCAAAGAAUCUGAAUUAGGAACUGCUCAUCAUACUAAUGAUGCAUUUGGGUAUACGUUCAAGGGGAUUAUUAUCCUCGACAGUAGCGAGAUUUCGCUACAUGUCAAUCGCUGCUUCUCUUCCAACAAUUAAGCAUUUCAUCACUACAAAUCCUCCUCCCCAUCUAAAGAAUUCUCUUCCCGGUGAUCUUGUGAGAUCGGAUUUCAUUGGUUUUUGUAGAACCUCGAGGUUUGCUGCUGGAUUUACUCCAUUACAACAUAAGCCAUUGGAUUCUAUCAUUGACAUUGAAAGGUCAAAGAACAAAUCACCCGAGGAGCUAGCUGCUAUCUGGGAUGAUUUUCACUUGGGAAGAGGACAUAUCGGGACUACAAUGAAAGCUAACUUGUAUCAUUUAAUGGAGCAAAGAGCAUCAACUUGUCGAUAUUUUGUGAUUCCUUUAUGGAGAGGAAGCGGUUACACCACAAUGUUCUGUCAAGUUCAAAUGCCACGCAUACUUUUCACUGGUUUAGAAGAUUACAAGGCGAGAGGAACUCAAGCUUCUCCCUACUUCACUGUUUGUUAUCACAAAGAAUUUGCAGAAAGCAAAGAUAUGGUUCUGGUUCGAGGAGAUGUAGUUUUCACGAGCAAACUCACUGACUCGGAAGCGAAAUGGCUUUUAGAGACUGCACAAUCAUUUUACCUAAAUGAUUCUAGGUUCAAGCUGGUAGAACGAUUCAACAGGGAGACUAGUGAAUUUGAAUUCAAGGACGUUUUACGAGCCCUUGAAAUGCCUACUUUGUAGUUUUACAAGAAUAUGGUUUGAAUUCACUUGGCUGGGUUCUGGCUUUCUUUUUUAACUUGGUUUCUAUCAAUGGAACAUUAUAUUUAUGAAUGCUCUUUUUAGGCAUGUGAGAAAUAAUAUGAAUAUUUGGUCUUUUUUUCUCA